AUGAUUAUAAAAAUUUCUUUUUUAUUAUUGCUAUUACUAAUAUCUUCAUCCCAAAUAUGGUCAGAAUCAAUUGGUCAAAUUCAAGUUAGCAAAAAAGGAAUAGAAUUUUUUUCAAAAAUUGGUAUUGAAAAAUUAACAAAUGUUUUAGAAAAAGAGCAAAUUCCUCCAUAUUCUGGAACAGGACCAAAACGAUUGUCAUAUCAGUUUACUGAUAUGGAUAUUACAACAUUCAAAAUAUCAGAAGUACCUAAACAAAUAAAUUUAUUUGGGCCAAAAAGAAUAACAGUUACAUUUGUAAAUUUGAAUAUUAGAUUGAAUGUAAAAUAUAGUUUAAAAUAUAAAGAUCGUUUAACAAAAACUGAUAGUGGAACAUUUCAAAUUAAUAUUAUUAAUGGAAGUGUAGGUUUAGGUAUGGAUAUUACAAAUGGAGAACCAUUUGAAUUUCAACCAUCUUUAUGUAAUGUAAAAAUUAAUACAACAGAACCAAUAGAAUUAUCUGGAAAGAUUGAUUCAUGGAUUUAUAAUGAAUUUAAUAAUUCAAUAAAAAAUUAUAUAAAACCAAACUUAAUUACUACAUUGUGUGAUAAUUAUGAAAACUUAUUUACAAAUUAUUCUAAAGAAAUAAUAGAUAAAGUUAUUGAACCAAUAGAAGUUGAUGCUAAUAACAGUGGAAGUUUAAGUGGAUUCUUUAUCAAUUAUCUCUUUCCAUCAAAUCCUUUUGUAGAUAAUAAGUUUGGAAUUAAAAUCCCUAUACAUCCUAAUUUAAAAUUUACUAAAGCAAUAGAGCAUAAAUUUGAUAAUUAUACUGUUAACAAUGUUGCUUCUGAUAAACAUGUUUGUAUAGAUUUGGAUUUUGUUAAUUUUGCACAAUAUUUAAGUGAUGCUAUUGGUAAAUCAUCAACAAUUCAAUCAUUAGGAUAUGAUUUGGUAAAAAUUAAAUUACACAAUAAAGUUCAACAAUUUUUUUCAUGUGGAUGUAAUGAUAAAAGUUAUUGUAUAUCAGAUAUCAUACCUGAUUUAGAUCGUCAAUGUACAAAUUAUACUCCAAUCGCAUUGGAGUUUGAUCCUUUUAAACUUACAAAUAUAAACAUUAAAAAUGAUAUUAUUCAUGCUAACUCAUCUCAAAUUGUAUCAUUUAAAAUUGAAAAAGAUAACAAGUCAAUUGAACUUUUUAAAUUAGAACUUUAUCCAGAAUAUAUUUUAAAUAGAGAUGAUAUUGAAAUAAAUGAUAACAAAAUUAGUGGUAAAGUUGAUAUUGAUAUGUGUAAAUUUAAAUUAUUAUCAUCACCAAAACUUGAUAUAAGUGAUAAAGCUAUUAAAAAAAUUAUUGAAGUUGGAUUGAAAGAUUAUAUUAAAAAAUUUGUUAAUACAUAUCUUUUAAAAGGAAUUCCAUUACCAAAAAUCAAAGAUUAUAAUAUUGGAAAUUAUGCUAUUGAGUUUUCAAAAGAUUAUAUGCCUAUAUGUUAUGACUUAAUAUAA